AUCCUUGUCUCUGCCCAGGAGGGCGGGGGCGGGGCCUGCACGCCACACCUCCUUCAGUCUCCAGCCCGGGGGCAGGGAUGUGGCUGAGAGAUUGUGCCGGCGGAGGGUACCGCGGGCCUGGGGCGCCCCUCGAAUGAGCGGGAAAUCGGGGGACACCCUCUGCUUCCCCUGGGUGUCCAAUACGAAAGGGGAUGGCACCUGCGGGAAAGGAGAUGGGAGAUGAGACGGAAGGGUCCGGGACUCCUGCGAGCCCCAGAGCCCUCAUGGAACAGACCGCGUGGGGGCAAGUGAGCUCCAAGGUCCUGGGGUUCCGGUCCCGGCUGCGCCUCACGUUGCGGUGAGGGCGCACGCAAGCCCUUGCUUCUCCCUGGGCAUCUGAUCCCCAUUCCUCGGAAAGACAAGGCUAGCACCUGCCGGCACCCGCGAGGUGCGAGGCCUCCCCUCUGGUCUGCCGCAGGAUGCACCUCUCCGCCGCGGCCCGGCUCUGGGGACCCCCGGGGCUGCUCCUGACUCUCGUCCUGCACCCGACUCUGUGCGUGAGCUCCCACCGGGACUACUGCGUGCUGGGCGCGGGGCCCGCGGGCCUGCAGAUGGCCUCCUUCCUGCAGCGGGCCGGCAGAGACUAUGUGGUCUUCGAACGCGCGUCGGCCCCGGGCAGCUUCUUCACUCGCUACCCGCGGCACCGCAAGCUCAUCAGCAUCAACAAGCGCUACACAGGAAAGGCCAACGCGGAGUUCAACCUCCGCCACGACUGGAACUCCCUACUCAGCCACGAUCCCCGGCUCCUCUUCAGACACUACUCCCGCGCCUACUUCCCUGACGCCGGCGACAUGGUGCGCUACCUGGGCGACUUCGCAGACAGGCUGGGGCUCCACGUGCUGUACAACACCACCAUCACCCACGUCACUCUAGACAAGGACCAGCGAGCCUGGAACGGCCACUACUUCAUCCUGAUUGACCAGAAGGGCCAUACAUACCAAUGCAGUGUCCUCCUUGUGGCCACUGGUGUGUCAGUCCCCAACCAGGUUGACUUCCCUGGCUCUGAAUACGCGGAGGGUUAUGAGUCUGUGUCCGUGGAUCCUGGGGACUUUGUGGGUCAGAAUGUGCUGAUACUGGGCCGCGGGAACUCGGCCUUUGAGACGGCAGAGAACAUCUUGGGUGUCACGAACUUCAUCCACAUGCUGAGCCGCUCCCGGGUGCGGCUCUCCUGGGCCACCCACUACGUUGGAGACCUCAGAGCUAUCAACAAUGGCCUGCUGGACACCUAUCAGCUGAAAUCCCUGGACGGGCUUCUCGAGUCGGACCUGACGGAUCUGGCCAUCGUGAAGGACCACGAGGGCAGGUUCCACAUCACCCUGAAGUUCUUCCUGGAGGAAACCAGCGCCAACCAGAGUGCUGAUGCCAUCCCCCUCCCCCAGGACGACAAUGACAACUUCGCCAUGCGAGUAGCCUACGACCGGGUCAUCCGCUGCCUGGGCUGGAGAUUCGACUUCUCCAUCUUCAACCAGUCCCUCAGACUCAGCUCCGGGAGCGAGUUCAGCAAGAAGUACCCGCUGAUCAGAGCCAGCUAUGAGUCCAAAGGCAGUCGCGGCCUCUUCAUCCUGGGCACCGCCAGCCACUCGGUGGACUACCGCAAAUCAGCUGGGGGCUUCAUCCACGGAUUCCGGUACACAGGCCUGCACCUCCCGCAGAGUGAACACAGAUACGACCUGCAGUGCCACAGGCUCUUCCUCCCUCUGGCCCUUUCAGUGCGAGCCGUCCACCGGCUGCUGGAGCAUCGGCACCACGGCGUGGCCUGGCCCUCCACCGAGCUGCCCAUCACACAGCUCACCAACGCCAUCAUCCGGCGCGUGAACGAGGCCUCGGGGCUCUACCAGAUGUUCAGUGUGCUGGCUGAUGUCAUCCUGCUCAAGGAGGGUAAAGGAGGAGGUCAAAGUCACUGGUGGAAACCCUUCGGCACCAAGGUGCAGAAACAGGGCACCCCUGGGAGGAAUGCCUCGGCCUUCGAGUACCUGGAGGAGUUCCCCAUGCAGAUGCUGGCCCAGCUGGAGACGCUCACCGGGAGGCCGGCCAGGCACGGGCUCUUCGUGGUCAACAUGGAGUACGGCAAGAACUUCUCUGGGCCCGACAAGGAUGUCUUCUUUUACGACCGGUCGGUGGGGCACACCGAGGACGCCUGGCUGUCCAACUUCCUCCACCCUGUCAUCUACUUCUACAGACGCCUCCCCACCGAGCAGGAGGUGAGGUUCCGCCCCGCACAGUGGCCCCUGCCGCGGCCCACGGCCAUCCACCACGUCGUGGAAGACUUCCUGACCGACUGGACCGCGCCCGUGGGACACAUCCUGCCCCUGCGGCGCUUCCUGGAGAACUGUCUGGACACCGACCUGCGGAGCUUCUACGCAGAGUCCUGUUUCCUGUUCACCCUGACGCGCCAGAAGCUGCCCCCGUUUUGCCAGCAGGGGUACCUGAGAAUGCAGGGGCUCAUGGGCACCGAGAGCCUGCGGCGGCAUGGCGUGGAGAGUGGGCUCCUGCAGGACUAUGCCACCAUGGACGAGCCCCUGGAGGACAGCAGCCAGCAGCCUGGGGAACACGGGCCAGAAGGUCACCGCCUGUCUCGGGGGCCUCCACACCCGUCCCUUGACAGCAACAAGGAGGAGCUCUGACAGUCCUCCUGGGCUGUGGGCACCGCGGCCAGGCCUCCCCACAGGCCACGGUCAGCCCUCUCUCCCCGCAGCCCCCUCCACUGAUGCAUGACAGCCCAAGGCCACUCAGGCCUUGCCAGGUUGACACCAGAGCCACCCGCAGAGCCAGCAGCAGUGGGGCUGCUGCAGCACCACGGUCCCCCUGGCCUGGUCCCUGGUGCCCAGGAAGCGGGGUGAGGAGAAGGGCAUCCUCUGCUGGUGUGAGCUGCCUUCUAACGCCAAGCUCUUCCAGCUGGACCGUCACUGAGUGCCAGGCUGGCCCACUCUGUCCCCUUCAAGGGCCCACCUGCUCCUUUCCCUUCACUCCACUCUUGUGACAGGUCCAGAGCCCACCUGGGACCCUUCAUGGUGAAACCCACCCUCGUUGUCAUCAGGGUUUCUGGGGGCACUUAUCUUCAGGCGCCCCGAGGGUUUGCAUGGCAGAGAGAAGUCCCUGCAUGGCCACCUGGUGCUGAGCUGUGGCUCUCCCAGGGUCAGGGUCAUGCCCCAGCCGCUCUGCAUCCUGUGUCCUGAUCCCCACCCCUCCCCUGGCCUCUGGCGUCCUGAAGCACACCUUGCUUGGACCCACCCCUGCCCAGUAUAGUGAAGCUGUUUUGCACCUGUCACAUGCACCAGGGGACAUGAGCAGAUGCCCCUGGGUGGCAGCAAUGGUGAGUCAUUCCUGGUUCCCUUAACUCUGCAGCUGCUCUUGUCCCUCGUCACUGGGUGCCCUUCGGGGGUUUCUCUCGUUCCUGAGGCAAGGCCUGCGCCUGAGCCUGGUGGUCACUUUCUCAGGGCUGCUCACGAGUUCUUCAUGCGGCCAUUGAAAAUUCCAAAGCCCCUUCCUGGGCUCCGCCUCUUCCCCUCCUGGCUAGUUCCAAAGCCCCUUAGCCACUGGCCUAGCUGUAUGCUCAGUCACCUCCUGUCCCUGGCAGAGUUCCAGCACUGCAAGUCCCACACUUCGCCCACAGCAGGGUGACUGUCACCCCCAUGAUCCUACCUGGGACAGUUUGCACAGCGCUGAAGCUCGUGAAUUAAGGGUUUUUCCUGAAUCCCAGGUGUGGUGUUCACUGAAUUUCACACAGAUCUGAGGCGAGCCCACGUAGGACCCUGUGGUCCCCCCUGCCUUUUCCAAGUCAUGCUUUAAAUGAGUCUUUUAAAUGGGGCUGUGCCCAGUGUCCAAUCCUGUUCCCGAAGCCCUGGGGCUAGCUGAGCCACUUGUUCAAUAACAGUUUGAGGUGCCGUAACAAGUGCUUGGCGACGCCUCGACAUGUGACAUCUGCUGCCGCCUUCAUCUGCCAAGUCAAUCAUCCCACCAAAAUAUCAGCCAGCCUUAUUUGCUUUUAAGAAGGCAGGAUUCCAUUCUUGCUCAGUUGAUUGGCGAUGUCUUCUCUGGUUUUUUUGAUUUUAAUGAAGAUCACUGUGGCAUUUGCCGAAUCCCCCAGCUGACGGUCACAGCGGUCCCUGCCCCUUCCCUUGGCCUGCCUCAGGUGCCUGUGGCCUCGGGGUGCCCUUCCUGUGGUGUUAGAGAACAUUUUCUUUUUUCUUCUGUUUCUGUCUUGGUUUCUGGUACUGGGGGUGAACCCCGGCCUGGAGUAGGUGAGCACACACCCCACCACCCAGUUCCCCACCCCCGGGCCCAGGUGGGUUUCUAACAUUGCCCUGGCUCUGCGAAUGGACGUCUUCUAUGAGCUUGAGUGUAAGGACAGCGAGUGCUGUCACCCUCCAGCACGGCCAGCUCCCUGGGUGUGGAUGAAAUGGAUUCACAUUUCCACUUUUAUACCUCGAUUCAUUUUUUUGGCAAGUCUGAGCAGCACAGGAGUAGAGCUUCUGCAGCUGGACCAAGUUCCUCUUUUAACUGAGGCCUGACUUCAAUAAUUCCUCCUUUUUUUAAUAUAAAGUUAUUGGUGCAAAACAGAUGAGCCAGUGAAACAAUCUACCAUACGUAAAUGUUUUCGAUAAGAGGUGAUUUUAAAAGGAACCCUGCCAUACGCAGGGCACACCUGUAAUCCCAGAGGCUCGGGAGGUUGAGACAGAAAGACCUCAAGUUUGAGGCCAGCCUCAGC